UUCAGGAAUGACGUUCAAUGUUGAGCCGCGUUAUACCAACAUUAGACAAAUUGGAGACGGUGCUUAUGGAGUUGUAUGUUCGGCUUUAGACACGGAUUUCAAUCAUCCAGUUGCCAUCAAAAAAGUUGCGCCUUUCGAGCAUGCGACUUUCCUGCAGAGGACGCUUCGAGAAAUUCUAAUACUGACUAGAUUCAGCCAUGAAAAUAUUAUCCGAAUCUGCAAUAUUUUUUGCCAUCCAUCUUUAAUAGAUGCAAAAGAAAUUUAUAUUGUACAAGGUUUAAUGGACACAGAUCUUCACAAAUUAUUGAAGCAACAGAGUUUAUCAAACGAGCACAUUUGUUACUUCAUUUAUCAAACUUUGCGUGGCCUAAAAUACAUCCACUCUGCCAACGUCAUUCACAGAGACUUGAAGCCCUCGAACUUGUUGAUCAACACAAAUUGCGAUCUCAAAAUCUGUGAUUUUGGAUUGGCGAGGGUAGCUGACCCGAGACGAGACAAUGCUGGAUUCUUGACCGAGUACGUUGCAACGAGGUGGUACAGGGCGCCAGAAAUCAUGCUCAACUCAAAAUGUUACAACAAAUCGAUAGACUUGUGGUCUGUGGGGUGUAUUUUUGCCGAGAUGUUCACCAAGCGAGCCUUGUUUCCCGGCAAGAACUAUCUGGAACAGCUUACUCUGAUUUUGAAUGUACUCGGCAUGCCCGCAGAACAGGAGCUGAGCUUCAUCCGGAAUGAGAAGGCGCGAAAUUAUGUGAAAUCGGUGAAGGCUAGUAGAAAGGUUCCCUGGACGACUGUGUUCAACUCUGUCACACCUACUCCAAACACCGAUGCCUUAGACCUGGUGGAACUACUGCUGAAGUUCAACCCUGACAAUCGGGUGGACGUGGAGCAGGCACUCCAGCACCCAUUCGUCAGCCAGUAUCACGACCCGAACGACGAGCCAGUUGCCACAGAACCUUUCUCCUUCUCACAUCUACAACGAGUGGACGAGACAGAUGACAGAGGAGUGUUGCGCAAUGUGCUGAACGAGGCCCUGUCCACGUUCGAGGAGAGACCCCCAGUGCUACCGGAGGACUUCGACGUCGACAACAUCAACUCGGCAGCCCCUCCUCCCACUAAUCCCCCGCCAAAUGUACAUGGGAUGGAGGCAUAACACUACCCCCGCAACAGCAGCUAUAUCUCGACUCAUCGUUAUUAAUGAAGCACAACGACCACAGGAUAUUACAACACUAAUGACAGCGUCUAAAAUUGAUAACAGCUCCUGGACAAAAAAAACAACUGGAUCGGAAAGGGAAGCUGUGUAGCUAUUCACAAAACUACCUUUAAAAUAAACUCUAUAAAAACUGAAAAAAAACUAACAUUUUUUGGUAGUUAUAGUGGAAAAAUUGUGAUUUGGAGGUGGAAUGGAACUAAAAAUUGACUGAUUGUAAACCGAGGUUGUGUGUUAACAAAUGAUGGUGAAAUGUUAUUAAGAGUCAAUGAACAGUGUGACUCUUAAGAGUCAAGGAACGAAGACUCUUAUAUAGGUCAUGAUGAUGUUU